UUUCAUUUUCAUUUCUGAAUGGAAUAGUCUGACAUUUAUCUUUUUGGAUUCACAACAGCAAUUUCACCAGGGGUGGUUCUUUUCCUGCUGUCAAGAGUCAUGUGGUGCAGUGUCUUCAAAUUGCUUGUAAAUUUGAUUUUAGCACAUCCUGUAAAUAAUUAAAUCUCUUUUUUUUUCAUAGUCAGCGUUUAAGGAAAAUUCCACUUAUAGUUUACACCAUGUAGUCUGUAGAAAAAAAUAGUUGUUAUAAAGGAAAAUAUUUAUUUAAGGCAUAUUUAAGUCAAGUUGUGGUGGCUUUACUUGCUAGAACUUCCAUGAUUAUUGAAAUGACCAUGUGAUUUUAAACUCUCAAUUGAGAUGGUGCAAAAUAUUCAACUUAAGCCAACUUGUCUAUAAAUGUGCUUAAAUAUGUCCUUCAAGUGACCUAGUUUCCUGUAAUAAAUUAGUCUUAAUGUUUGUUUGUUUUCAUUUUCCACCUACUUUGGAAAUGAUUACUGGAUGAUGUACUAAUACCACUACAGAUUUAAUAUCAUGGAAGUUCUGUCACUAUAGCUCUCUGAGUGCUAAACAUGACCAUGCAUCUCUGAACCAGUUGAUGCAGUACCCCUGGCCUGCUCCAUUACCUUGAACAAUGUCAGUUUGGAAGCGACUACAAAGAGUGGGAAAGAGGGCUUCCAAAUUUCAGUUCACAGCUUCAUACCAAGAACUCACUGUAGAGGUCACUAAGAAAUGGCAACCUAACAAAUUAUUGGUGGUAUGGACAAGAAGAAGUCGUAGGAAAGCCACCGAGGCCCACCAGUGGGAGCCCACCAUCAGGAACCCUUACCUAGGCUCUGUGGUGUGGUCAGUGCCUGAGAAUGUGGAAAUACAAGUCACUCUGUUCAGAGACAAUAAGCAAGUGGAGUUUGAGGAUAAGGACUGGACAUUUGUUAUUGAAGAUCAAGACAAAAAAGGGAGACGAAGAGUCUUAGCAUCCAAAAAUGUGAACAUGAGAGAAUUUGCCAGCCAGAUUCCCACGCAGACAGAACUAAAACUGAAACUGAAACCAGCCUCCAAGAAAGUGGUUUCAGCCACCCUUCAGUUAACAGUGUCAUGUGUGUUCUUGAGGGAAGGAAAAGCUACUGAUGAAGACAUGCAGAGCAUUGCCAGUUUAAUGAGUAUAGGAAGACCAGAUAUAGGCAACAUUGAUGACUUUGAUGAUGAACAGGAUGAGGCAAAUGCCAGUAAAUUCUCUGAACUUGCUGCCAAGUUAGAUUCCCUGAAUGAUGAAGAGGAUGAUUUAAAUCCUUUUGGGGAUCCCGAUCUCCCUGAGCAAGCAGCUUCCCAGCCUCCUAUUUUUGCCACAUGUUCUGGCACACCAAAGAAGAAAAUCAUCACAAUUGCAGAGGGACUAAGUCCAUUUGAUGAGGAAGGCAAUGAAAAUAACCCUUUCAAUGAACCAAGCAAUCCAUUUGAAGAAUCUUUGGACUCUCUAAAUCCAUUCAAUGAAAGUAAAGCUGAGGCAGCUUCAAAGAAUCCCUUCGAGACUUCCACAGAGGAGGAGGAAUAUCGCCACAUGCACCCGCUCAACAGAAAUGCCUCAUACGAUAAGAAAGGGAAUGUAGAGAGGCCUAUGUACACUGGCACCCCGCCCGCCACACCCCCUGAGGAGCGCAAGGUGCUGAAGCCUAUAACCCCACCCAGUACCCCACCUGAGGAGAGAAAGGCAAAGGAGCAGAAACUUAGAUUACAAAAAUCCAAGACAUUAGGACAUACACCUCCCAAAGCAGACCGAGCAGCACUUGAGCCUUUGAAUCUCAACCAGAAUGUUCCUGGAACAGGUCAAAAGUCCAAAGGUCAAUUUUCGCCUGCCAUGGAUUUGAUCACAUGGUGUCAAGAGGUCACUAAAGGUCACAAAGGGGUCAAGGUCACCAAUAUGACAACAUCCUGGAGAAAUGGAUUAGCGUUUUGCGCAGUCAUUCAUUACUUCAGGCCUGAUUUAAUAGACUUUGACAGUCUGUCUCCCCAUGACAUCAAGGGAAAUAACAAAAAGGCAUUCGAUGCUGCAGCCAGCCUGGGCAUACCAAAAGUCAUGGAGCCAUCUGACAUGCAGUUACUAGCAGUUCCAGACAAACUCUCCGUUAUGACCUACUUAUAUCAGUUAAGGGCCUUCUUCACUGGACAGUCACUGGAGGUCCACCAGAUUGGGACCAGUGCUAACGAGAGUACUUACACUGUAGGGGAAUUUGAUACUGAUAGUAGUGCUAGGAUAUCAAAAGAAAUGUACGGUAAGGAAACAGAGAGUAAAGAAAAGAAACCAUUCAGAAAGGGAAAAUCCCCCACAAAAGACAAGAGGCAAAGUGUAAAAGAUGACACAACAGUCAAAAACAGCACUGCCAGAAAGGCACAGACUUUACCAAAGAGACUUCCCACUGAUGAACGUUUCAUGUAUGACAGUAGGAGCUCUGAAGAGAGAAGUACGACUAGUGAGGACAGAUCAAAGAGCAGUAAGAGCCCUAGUCCUGCUGUAGAACUGCCUGCUCCGGUGACACAAGUGCAAUUAAGUACAGAUAAUGUGGAAAAGCCAAAGUUAAUGACAAGGAAACAAUACUACAAUCCAUUUGACUCUAGUGAUGAUGAGGAGGAGGAGACAAAGCCCUCCGUAUCAUCUGAUGUUGUUGAUAAUGGUGCUAAAAAAGAAGAAAUUUCUGCUACCCCUGCCGCUCCUGUUGCUGUUGUAGAAAAGGAAGCAUCAGCAGUUCAAGAGAGUACACCAAAGAGUGAAACCCAAGCUGCAAAGCAGCACAGAUACAGAAAGAAAAGGGAUGCUCCAAAGCCUCCUGUCCAAAAAGAAUCCAGUGCCAAGGAGUCCAUGGAAAACAAAGAAAGGACCAAGGAACAGUCUAGCACAAAGACUAAGAGCCGCCACUUGCCCAGUGUUCCAGCCAGUAAAUCAGAGCCUGCCUUGAAGACGGUUGCUGCCAGAAGCCCUGUCCAGUCCCCCACAACACCACAAGAAGCUGGACCAUACCAGAGACAGAAAUCCCGCCAUGAUGAGCUGAAGGACCGUGCCAGACAACUCCUAGAGCAGGCCAGAAUGGACGCCGCCUCUCACAACCAUCCAGAAAAUAGAACCAUUGUCAGGGGGCAGGAGGUGACCACCAGUAUGAAGGUAAAUGAUGAAGUUCGACAACAGCAACUCCGAGAACGUGCCCGCCAGUUGAUCUCGGAGGCAAGAGCCAGCUCUGGGAAACCAGAGGUUAAAAACAUCACAGAGAUUAUAUCAGACAACAGCAAGAGGGCAGAACGCUUGGGUGUUAAGUUCUACCAGUUUAAGAGAAAUUCCUUGGGCAGAAGGGAUGUAGAAACAUCUGAGAAGGAUAACAACCCCCCUGCAGCAGAUGCAAGUACAGCCACUGAUGGCCGCCUGAAGAAACUGAUGCUGUCUCGUCCACAAUUAGCAACAACCCUAGCAACAACUGCAGCCAAGUUGGAGGCCUCUCAAAAUAAUACUAAAGAGGAAAUAAGGCGACCAUCAGGUGAAAGAACUUCCCCUGUAAAACCAGCCACACCGUCUAAAGAUGAAUUGAACAGUGGUGGAGAGUCCGAGUCUGAGGGGGAAUCUGGAGAAUCGGACAACAUUGAAGACUUACUUGAUACCAAUGAAUAUGUGAACAAUGAGAUGGCUGCCUUGGAGCGGGAGCAGAAACAGAUAGAUCGCAGAGCGGCGGAGGUGGAGAAAGCCCUGCGUAAAGUCAUGGAUGAUGACCUAGAUGUGCUUGAACCCAUCCUAGACCCAGAUGAGCGCCACCGUAGUUUGAGGAAUCCAGACUGCAUUGAGAAUGGUGCUAGCAAAGCUGAAGAAGAACGUCUGCUGCAGGAAUGGUUUCUUCUCGUCAACAAAAAGAAUGCUUUGAUUCGUAGACAAAUGCAGCUGAAUAUUCUAGAGAAGGAGGACGACUUGGAAAGAAGAUUUGAACUGUUGAAUAGAGAACUCCGUCAAAUGAUGGCCAUUGAAGAAUGGGAGAAGACGGAGGCUCAAAAAAGAAGAGAAAAAUUGCUGUUGGAUGAACUCAUAGGCAUCGUGAACAAGCGGGAUGAACUUGUACAGCACUUGGACUCCCAGGAAAGAGCAAUUGAACAGGAUGAACAACUGGAAAAAGAAAUUAGAAAUAAGCAACUCGUCAAGGAGGAGAAAAGCUGCAGUAUACAGUAACAAAAUAAUGUGGGUCUCACAAAUCCCAGUUUUUAGUGACUGUAAAGGACUGUUCAUACUUGAUGACAGCAAGACAGAGACACCUGAAACAGAAUUUAAAAAUGAAAUGACUGCAAGUCUGUGACUAUAGAUGACUCAGUGAAUAGUGAACAUCAGCAAAGUAUUGCCAACAGUGAACAGUAUGAUCAUGUUACCAAUAUUUAUUCCCAUUUUGCCAGAUGAAAAAAACUUCCAGAAGAUUAAAAACAAGCAGUCCUCAAAUGAUGGAAUGCUAGUGUUUUCUGCAACCAUAAGAAAUGACUGUUUACUCUGAAAGGCUGCUGUGUAUUAGUGGCACUGGAAUAGUAAGGGGAAGUGAUUAGAAAAAAAUAUAUAUAUAGUUUGAAACUUGGACCUAAAUAAUCUCUAUUUAGGUCCAAGUUUGAAAAGAGAGAGACAGAGAGAGAGAAUCUUAGCAGUCCGUGGCAGUAAUAUUGUCAGAGGACAGCAGGAAAUGUAUUUACCCCAGAGAGGCAUUUCUACAUCAUUCUACUGUGUUUGAAUGUUAUAGAGAAAAAAAUAGGGUAUAUUUAUCUCUCCAAUUAUGAUACUUACUAGUUAUGACAGGAUAAAUGAUAUGUACUAUACAGUUACGACUCCAUGUGUUCAAUGUUAAAAGGAGUUGACGCAGUGUAAUAGAGCUGAUAAUUGCUAAAAGUGUAUGAUUCCAGAUACCAGAUACAUUUACACAGACUUUGGGUAUCCAUGUCAUCAUUUAGGAGAAUAACUACCAUCAAAAUGAGUUCUGUAAGUGAACUGGGUGAAAUGAUUCACUGGUAAUUGUUUCGGGUUUUAUGUUGAUAUGGAUUUUUAAAAUUUGCAUUGAAAAGACGUGCAUAUUGGAAAUAAUGAAAUUGGCAAAUUUAUUUAGUACGUUUACUUGGCAAUUAGGUAAUAGAUGUUUUUUGUGUAUGAAGAUAAUUCAUUUGUCCACACUGUAGUAAACAUUUUAAAAAGUAGUGAAUUUGGGAUUUCUAUAAACUCAUCUCAAAUAGGUGACAUUUCACUAGUUUUUUUCUCGAUGUUAAGAUGUCGACGUUUGUUCUAGAAAAUUUGUAUAGACAAUCUAUUCAAUAUGACGUGUACCUUAAUUAUUUUAGUAUUUUUAUUGGAUAUGUAGCUCUGUCCUCAAUAUGUGAUAACUUUUGCCAAAAUCGCAUUCAUGUACAUGUACUGUAUGUUUUUGAAAAUACUUAGACUGGUUUCUUUAGCGUAUUUAUUUGUUAUCUAGACUGCUUUAAAUCGGUUAUAUUUUGUAUGGAUAUAUACCCUUUUUAUUCUCCAUUCAUUUGUACUGGUAAUGCUGUUAAAGCGAAUAUUUUUAUCAGUACAGAAUUGUUAAGCUUAAGUCCAUGCCGGGGAGGUAUUUAUAUGUUUAGUACCUUACAUGAAUG